AUGUCUCUCAUAGUGUUGCUCCUCCUUGGAGUGGUGACUCUCACCACCCCCACUACCUUGGCCGAUUACCACAAGCCUCCCUACUAUGCGAAGCCACCAACACCUGUGCACAAGCCUCCUCCAAUAGAGAAGCCACCUACUCCAGUUUAUAGUCCACCGGAGAAAGAGAAGCCACCACCAACUCCUGUGUACUCACCACCCAAGGGCGAGAAACCACCACCACCAAAGCACAAGCCACCGACUCCUGUGUACACACCACCCAAGGGGGAGAAACCACCACCAAGUCCUGUUUACACACCACCCAAGGGGGAGAAAGCACCACCAACUCCUGUUUAUACUCCGCCCAAGUUGGAGAAACCACCACCACCCAAGGGCGAGAAGUCACCAUUAAGUCCUGUGUACACACCACCCAAGGGGCAGAAACCACCACCACCUAAGUACAAAGCAGGUCCUCCAUAUGGUCACCCUCCAUACUACAAGCCUCCACCCCCUGGCCACCCCAACUAA